UCGUGGGAGUGAGUUCAGCGCUCUGCCACAUUGUGCAUGUGUGUGAGAGUGUGUUAGUGUGUGUGAGUGUUCAGGAGUCGCUCAAGAACGCAGCAGCGCGCGACUGACAGCUGUAGGACUCUUUAUCCAGAAGAAAAGAACAAAAGAAUAAAACAGUCAGCAAAAUGGGCAAAGGUUGCAUCACGGCUACAAAGUACUUCCUGUCUUUCUUUAAUUUCCUGUUCUUCAUCUUUGGAGCCCUGAUUAUGGGUUUUGGACUCUGGAUCCUCCUGGACAAUCAGAGCUUCCUUGCAAUCAUGCAGGACUCGUCUGUGGAACUGAAGCUGGGCUCCUACAUCGUGAUUGGUGUCGGCGCGUUCACCAUGCUGAUGGGAUUUCUGGGAUGUCUGGGAGCAAUUUAUGAGAUCCGCUGUCUACUUGGCCUGUACUUCACUCUCCUGCUCCUCCUCCUCAUCGCUCAGGUGGCUGUUACUAUCCUCAUCUUUUUCCAGCGUGAACAGCUGAGGAAGACGACGUCCAACAUCGUGAUCAAAGUCGUGGAGAACUACCAGGGACAGAACAAGACCGCGGAGAAGGCCUGGGACUACAUCCAGAGGAGUAUGCAUUGCUGUGGCUGGGAAAGCCCUGAUGACUGGGACAACAACACGGUGGUCAGGAACAGCUCUAUGCACUCGUACCCCUGCUCGUGUUACAACAGCUCGGCCGCCGGAGACGAGAACGGCUUCUGCAACUCUGGACUGGCCCUUUACAGCACGGGCUGUAUGUCCGCGGUGGAGAACUGGCUCUUCACCAACUAUGGAGUCAUUCUAGGAAUCUGCCUCGGGGUGGCUGUUAUUGAGCUCCUGGCGAUGAUCCUGUCCAUGGGUCUGUGUAAGAGCGUACAGCAGGAAGAGUACACCAAAGUGCCCAAGUAUUGAAGAGGAAACACACACACACACACACACACACACACGUUUUACAUUUAAAAUAUAUUGACCUUCUCUACAUAGUUUACAAGUUUGGGGUUUUUCAUUGUUGUUUUUGUUUUUAAAGAACCUUACCCAAAAACAAACAAACAAACAAACAAAAAGCUUUAUCCCGUGUGUGUGUGUGUGUGAACCGGAGAACCUGUGGAAAGCUCGGAGUGGCGGUGUGUGACCUGCUCUGUCUGCUUCAUCUUGUUAACCUGCAGUUACACACACACACACACACACACACACCCUCUGUCGUUAGCUUCAUUAAAAUAUCGUCACCAAAAACCUUCUGGAUGAAGGAAUAAAAAACCUGUGAUCAUUUCUUUUAGCCUUCCUCCUCCCCCUCUUCCUCCUCCUCUUCCUCCUCCUUCUUGUCCUUAUACCUUUAUUCUGUCUGUUCUUCGUCCUCCUCCUCCUCACGUUUCCACGGCUAACGACGUCUCCUGCAUGACACUUCUCUUCUUUCUUCAUUUCUACAUCAGUGUUUUUUUGUUCUCCUUCUUGUUAUUGUUAUUCGUUUGUAUAUAAUUUAGCGAUGCUUUAAUCUGCGAGUUUCCUGGUUAGCACGGGCCAUCGCUCUUUAAUUAUUCUUUUCUUCAGUUGUCUUUUUCAUGUACAGAUUGCAUAUUUUUUUUUUUUUUUUUUUUUUUUUGUGAUUUUAUUGCCUUGCCUCUAAUCUCAUCGCUUUCCUGUCACUCACUAGUGACGCCUUUUGGUGUUUUAUGAAAAAGACGUUAUGAAGUUUUGAUUAAUCUCUUUAAUUGUAACCCUGUACACUAGGACACUUCUAUACUGAAAGCACUCUGUUUAGAGGGAAAGAAAAAGUAUAAGCAUACUUAAAAAAAAAAAAAAAACGAUGAAAAUUAUGAUGAAGAAUUAUUAUUAUUAUUAUUAUUAUACUGUUUAAAAUUAUUCUCUCUCUUUUAUCUUUUUGUAUAUUUGGAGAAAGAUUUUGGGACGAAAAAAGUCAGAACAUCUCAUGUUUUUUAUUUGUAAUCAAAAUUCUCCUGAACAGUAAACUGUUCAUUUUUUAUGGUACGAAAAAGAAAAUGUUUUUUUUCUUCUUCUUUAUUUUUUUUUUGACCACGUGUGAUUGUUAAAAAAAGACGCACAUGUGUAAAAUAAGUGACAUCUGUUACAAUAAAGUGAACUCACCCAG